AUGGACCUGGACUCCGAGACAAGGGAGAACGAGAAGUGGCUCGCAACCGAGUGGAGAUACUUAGGCGCGGAUUGGCGCGGCACCAGAAUCCUAGGGGAGGGCGCGUUUGGGAAAGCCGGGCUAUGGGAAGGCGAUCCCGCGCGCGCGCCGCCCCUAACGGAGGUUGUGGUGAAGAGGACGGUGAUCAACAAUUUCAGUGGCGCUGAAGCCUUGGAUGAGGGUAUCAACAUGGCUCUGCUGGCUAAGUUUCGCUCGAAGCACAUCCUAAGGAUGUACGGCCCGCCGCGCCGCAACGCUAAUGUGAUCCACCUGUUUCUCGAGUACUGCCCCGGGGGAGACCUCGGCAGCUUUACCGGGGACUACAGGCCUGGUGGGUGGCUGGAAGCAGAUCUAUGGGCUAUGUUUCAAUGUCUUGUGCUGGGGGUUUCGACGAUGGACCACGGCUCGGAAGACGAGACGGUCAACUUCAACGAUAUGCAGAUAGGCCACAAUGAGUACGAGCCACUGGCGGAUUUCGGAGAAUCAGUCCAGUAUCCUUCCAAAUACCAGACUGGGAUCGUAAUCGACUCCAACGGGCGUCCCUUCCAUGGGAGAGGAGACCCGCAAUGGCAAGCUCCCGAAAUGGUACAAUUCUUCGGCGACGCAGCCGCCAACCCCAACCAGCUCCUCCACUCGCGCAAGGGGACCUGCUCGAACAUCUUCCAGGUCGGCUGCGUGAUGCACUCGCUCGUCACCGGGGCGCGGCGCAACACCUACGCGAACCCGUCGGAGCACCGCGUCUCGACGUGCAACGCGAACCUCUUGCGAGGGGGCACGCACGGCCAGGACAUGGAAGAUGCCAGAUACGCCGGCUAUUCACAGACGCUGCGGGAGCUCAUCAUGGAGUGCAUGAUGCGGGAGCCGCCGCUGCGCCCGACAUCGCAGCAGGCGAAGGAGCGCGUUGCUUCUGGGUUGGCCUUCUCGCUCAGGGCCUUUGCCACGAUCCUUCAGUUCAAGACGAAUAAGGGCUUGGUGGAUGUGCCGUAUAGAUACGUGGACCCGGAACCUCCCGAGGAUCUGCUGGUUCCUGAAGAUGAGGCUGUAGCGACGGAGGCAGCGACGCAGGCGCGGCAGCCGGCAGCCGGCGCCUGA